UGUUUGGUUUGUGUUGAUGUCAAAAAAGUUACACAAGCUGAGCGGAGGAGAGGUUUUUCCAAAGGGCGGUUUCACAACUGUCAAGCAGGCUCCUCACCUCCUGGUUCUACCUGAGAGCAGGGAGCGCUUCUCUACCAACCAGAGGGGAAUCAUUUUUAUUUCACCCAUUCCUCGUUUUUUUCCCUCUCUUUCUUUCUCUGUUGGACGCUUAUUGUGAGAUCCCAUCAAUCUGCUUUAUAUUCCCACUGAUCAGUUAAUUGAUAUUGGAAUAAAAAGUGGCAUGUUAACGUGAUCUCUGUGGCUCCGGGUCCUCAAACAACUCUCUCCUUCGUCCGUCUGCCUGGUCCGUGGAUCCGCCGCCGCCGCCUUCACGCCAUUCUCCCUCCUGCCGUGGCCUGUGGAACCGCCGCUCGCGCAUCAUCUGUACCGAGUCCUCAGCCAUGGAGCUCAGCUCAGUGAUAGUCACCACCGGGAGCUCGGUGGCCUUCUUCAGGCUGGUCAACGCGGGGAUCAACAGGCUUCACAUCCCGGAGUCCGCCUGCAGGAAUUCUUGGAAAUGGAGAAACAUUUCCACGUCCUUCGUGCACAGCUUCAUCACGGCCAUCUGGGCCGUACUUUGCUUUUUCCGGCAUCCACAGAUGGCUGAGGAUCUGAUAGAAACCUACUCUGUGUUUUCACAUGCUCUGGUCUCCUUUUCUAUUGGAUAUUUCAUCUAUGACUUCCUCGACAUGGUGUGCAACCAGAAGCUGAGUCAGUCCUGGGAGCUUCUCUUUCAUCACAUUGUGGUGAUCACCUGCUUUGGCCUGUCCGUGGUGUCAUGUCGCUACGUGGGAUUUGCCGUGGUUGCCUUGCUGGUGGAGAUAAACUCUGUGUUCCUCCACCUUAGGCAGAUGCUGCGCAUGGCUAGCAUGGCGGCAGGCACACUCUACCGCGUCAACAGCAUCAUCAACCUAGGCACCUACGUGGUUUUCCGCAUCAACACGCUGGCUUGGAUGACCCGCUGGCUGGUGCUGAACAGGGAUAAUGUCCCCCUGCUGGCCUACACGCUGGGCAGCGUGGGAAUGGCCAUCAUGACCGUCAUGAACAUCAUCCUCUUCUGCCGGCUGCUCAGGAGCGACUUUUUAAAGAGCAGCACCAGGGAGGCCAAGAAGGAGAAGAUGUAGAACUGUGCGUUAACACCAAGUGCCUGAGAUCCGGUACUGUUUUCUGCUUGUGUUUAACAACCUCAUAGCUUGGAGACGGACAUGGAGAGAUGUUUCCCCACACUGUUAAUGUAAUCAGACAGCCUCACUCUAAAAAAAAUUACGACCUUACUCACCUCAAACCUUCUCCCAUCAGCUGCAGUUUUGGCAUCUGUGCUCACGUGCUUCUUCUCAUGAAGAACACGAGUCCCUUAAAGAUGUCACUGAAUGCCUUAAAGUCCCAAUUGACGUUUCAUCUGAAGUUGUAGCAGGGGGGUGAAGUGAGGCCUUUAAACAGCUCCUCCAGUACUCACUGACACAGCCACUGGGAACAAUAUCAAAUACCUUUACUAAAUACAUUAUUUAAUUCAUAUAGUUUAUAGUCUAUACACAUUAUGCUGUUAAUUUUUUUUUCCUUUUUUAAAACCAUCUGAGUAACAUCAGUGGCGCCCCCUUAUAUCUGCCUUCGGCACUGCAGAGGUGAAUGUGUUUUCCACCAAAUCUCCUCAACUAAAUACCGCCAGCUACCUCAGAACCGGUCGCUAACUCCCGCUUUGCUGACAGUGUUGAUCACUUUACUAGAAAUUUAAAAACCACUUUAAAAAAACGAAACGAAAAAUGUAGAGCGCCGCUCUCCACAGACGUCGGUAAACCUGUUAAAGAUGUGCCUUAGAGUAAAUACCUCCCAUCUUUUCUGCUAAUCGUCGGUUGGUUCUUGUUUUUUUUUUUUUUUUAUUCCAGUUUUUUGGCACGUUAUUUAUAAUCUCACUCAAGAUAUCAGGAUGUUUGGUCAAACACUAAUUACCUGAGAUAUAGAGCAUAAAUAUGCAUCUACCUUUCUUUAAUGUCACAUGUUUCCCUUUUACUACAUUUUGUCAAACAGUUUAAAUACACAAUAUGAACCUUUAAAUGCCUUGGG